CGGAUUUUGCAGAUGGCGCUAACAAAUGUCAGUGAACGUACUGUUCCGUUGUUUAUUGACGGUUUAUUUAUCACAAUAGCACAGUUAUUUCGUUGACCUUCAUUACCUAGAUCUUUUUUGCAAACUGCAAUAAGUGUUUCUGUACAUGCGAUUGCGAGUGCUAUCUGUGACAAUGACGUGCGCAACUUCAUAUUGUUGAGCAUUCUGGUGGAAGCGACAAAUAGUGCGCUUGACGAUCGUCCAGUGUUUGUGACUACUGAGGACUACGGAGGUGGGGUUUCUACCACUCGAAGAGUACGUUUGGUGUCAAAUUCGGAUUAAUUUAAUGCGUUGCCAGGACUUGAGCGUUCACUAUGCCACGUAGGAAACAUAUAAGACAUCGCCCCAUAGGGGAGGAUACUAGAAUUGCCGUAAACUUAACUCUGAAGAAACUUUUGGAAACUUCAGAUCAAAAGGAAUUAGAAUUUCCAUCUUCGUACACAGCGGAGGAAAGAGCAUAUAUCCAUGAAUUGGCUAGAGGACUUGGUUUGAAGUCAAAGAGCCGAGGAAAGGGUAUGAAUCGGUUCUUGACUGUGUAUAAAAGAGAAGGUUCAACGAUAGUACAAGCUGAUGCUGUAAUAAAAUUACAAAAUGCUUCAAAACAAUGUAUAUAUAAUUUAUCACAUACUUUUCCACUGAACCAGAAAGAAUAUCAAGACUUACUUCCUCCAAUUGAAAGAGAACGUCCUCUUAAUACUGAUGUAAAUACAAGUACCAAGGCAAUGGGCAGAUUGAAUAGCAGUAUACCUCAAGUACCUCAGUUAAAAACCAAUUUUGAUGUACUGCAUUUUCGCAAAUCUUUGCCAAUUUUUAAUGCAAGAGAAGAGAUUCUUACUGCAUUGAAUAACUAUCAAGUGGUCAUAAUCGCAGGCGAAACUGGGUGUGGCAAGACCACACAAGUACCACAGUAUAUCUUGGAGCAUUGUCAGCAGAAGCAUCAAGCUUGCAGGAUUAUUUGUACACAACCCAGACGUCUGUCGGCAGUAUCUGUGGCUGAGAGAGUGGCAUUUGAAAGAGACGAGAAGAUUGGUCAGACGUUCGGCUAUCAGAUACGACUGGAAAGCAGAGUAGCUCCGAAGACCCUUUUAACAUAUUGUACAAAUGGAGUAUUACUUCGUACUCUUAUGGGUGGUGAUUCUGCUCUAUCUACGCUUACGCACAUUAUCGUCGACGAGGUGCACGAACGAGAUAGAUUUUGUGAUUUUUUGUUAAUAGCUUUAAAAGAUGCGCUAGUUAAAUAUCGUUCUCUCAAACUAAUACUCAUGAGCGCCACGAUGGAUACCAGUAUCUUUGCGAAAUACUUCAAUAAGUGUACCGUCAUCAAUGUCCCCGGCCGAUCGUACGACGUAGACGUAUAUUUCUUGGAGGAUAUUUUAAAGAUGACAGGUUACAUGACGAAGGAAAUGCUCGCGAUGAAGAAAGAGUUCUUUAAGCUGAAAGAUCAGAGGAAGGUUUUGGAAUCGUGGACGCAAUACAAACCCCAGCAUUCUAACAGAAAUACUACGAAGGAAAAGUGUCUAUUGCCGGCGCCGAUUUUAGCCCAACAGAGUGAUCCUAUACCAGAAAGAGUCAAGCUGGAACCUUGGCUGAUGGAAGAAAUGGACAAAAGUAUUUCGGACGCGUGGUUAAACGGCGGAGAGGACAACUUCGCACAACUUUUGCAUUUCAUAUUAUCCGAAAAUGUCUCCGUGGAUUAUCAGCAUUCUAAGACUUCUGUGACGCCAUUGAUGGUUGCUGCAGGUAGAGGUUGUAUCAACACAACCGAGCAACUUCUUAAUUUAGGCGCGAAUCUUAAUUUGAGGGCGGGUAACGAAUGGACCGCGUUAGACUGGGCUAAGAAGAUGAAUCAAACCGAGUGUGCCGAACUGAUCGAGGCUUACAUGAAAACCUACGAUUGCACGGUAUCGAACGAUGAGUUGAUGCGCGUUGCUGAGACGUCGCUCUCUGAAGAGAGUAAAAUAUUGCUCGACAUAUACCAUCAUACGUUCAACGAUGACAAUAUCGAUUACAACCUACUGUUAGAAGUAAUAUUUUACAUUCAUCUGAAGAUGCAACCCGGCUCUAUUUUGAUAUUCUUACCGGGAUACGACGACAUAGUGACGAUGAGGGACAAAAUCAAUGCGGAAGAGAAGAGGAUGAAUCAAGGUUUACGUUACAGUUUGUACGUACUCCAUUCUAACAUGCAGACUUGUGAUCAGAAGAAGGUGUUCAAGUCCAGUCCACAUGGCACACGCAAGAUUAUUCUCUCGACAAACAUAGCGGAGACUAGCAUCACGAUCGACGACGUUGUAUAUGUCAUCGAUUCGGGUAAGAUCAAGGAGAAAUCCUUCGACGCUAUAUCGGGUGUAUGCACGUUGACUUCGAAUUGGAUAUCCCAGGCUUGCGCGAAGCAGCGAAAAGGUAGAGCGGGCAGGUGUAAGAGAGGAAUUUGUUAUCGUAUGUUUUCAUCCGUGCGAUUCAACAAUAUGCAGCUUUAUCAGACGCCCGAGAUCCUGCGUCUACCGUUGCAAGAACUGUGUUUAUAUACGAAAUACCUGACGCCGGGCAAUACACCUAUUGCCGAAUUUUUGGACAGAGCUUUAGAGCCGCCGUCCAACAUAGUCACUAGAAACGCAGUUCAGUUAUUGAAGACAAUCGACGCGCUGGAUCCUUGGGAGGAUCUGACCGAGAUGGGAAGUCAUCUGUUGGAUUUACCGAUCGAACCGAGACUCGGCAAGAUGCUGUUAUAUGCUGUCGUUCUGAAGUGCCUGGAUCCUAUUUUAACUAUCGUUUGCAGUUUGGCGUACAAGGAUCCUUUCGUACUGCCGUCGCAACCGUCACAGAAGAGAGCUUUAACUGCGGCACGAAAGAAAUUUGCUACUGGGACAUAUUCAGAUCACAUGGUGGUGUUGCGAGCAUUUCAGGGUUGGCAGAACGCUAGAGCGUCUGGCAAGGAACGUGCCUUCUGCGAGAAGAAUUUCAUCUCCGCUCCUGUGAUGGAGAUGGUGGUGGGAAUGCGUACACAGCUUCUCGGUCAAUUGCGCGCGUCCGGAUUCGUCAGAGCUAGAAGUCCCAGCGACAUACGGGAUUUAAAUUCCAAUUCGGAAAAUUGGGCAGUCGUGAAAGCAGCGCUGACUGCGGGCUUGUAUCCCAACUUGAUUCGAGUCGAUCGUGAUCAUUUCCAGCUGCGAACGCAGAAAGAGGUCAAAGUGUUUUUCCAUCCUUCUUCGACCUUGAGGGAUUUUCCGAAGUCUCCGAGAAUGACGUCCGCGCAAACACACGCGUCUAAUGUACACUCUUUACCGUGUGAUUGGCUACUUUACGAAGAGAUGAGCCGUACAGGACGUUUCUGUCAUGUGAAAUUCGUUACGCUUGUCAAUCCAUUGACAGUAGCGCUUUUUAGCGGACCGGCUAGAUUACCAAUGGAUGUGCUUCAUGAGGCUGAAGCUGUGUGGGAGAGCGAUUCGGAUUCAGAGGUCGACGAGUCGCACGAAGGAACUAUCUUCAAACUCGACGACUGGGUGGUCUUUAAACUCGAUCCCGAGACGGCGGACUUGUUUUUACAGUUGCGGCAAAAGUGGAAUGCUUUGUUUCUUAGGCGUAUGAAGGCACCAAAUAAGGCUAUGUCAGCGCUAGACGAAAAAGUCAUCAACACUUUAGUGACCGUACUUACAAACGAGGAGCAAGCCUGUGGUCUUCAGCAGCCUACCGGCAUCGGCCAACGACCACGUCCUUUAAUUGUCGAUUAUUAUCCUGCGAAUGUCAGGAGAGAUGAUUAUCCAGAAAGGUAUUUCUGAAACUGCAAGAGGAAUUAUCGUACGUCACGCAUAAUUUGAAUCUUCAUGAUAACUGCUUUCAAUUGUUAAUACUGUAUGUAAAUGUUAUCCUGUAAUUCGAAAUAAUUUUUGUUGAUAGCAAAUAUAAAAUAAAUAUACGAUAUCUUGUAACGACACAUACCGGCACAUGUGUCGUUACGCUGACUGCCGCCGAACAUCACGCGGCAGUCAGCUGGGCGCACACCCCCCGACCCGCGCUGUCACCGCGCCUUUCAACGCGCUCACCCGAGGCUGGCCGAAGACUCGACAGCAACGCUCGGGAAUGAUCGGCUACCGAGCCGAACUCACGACGCCGCCAAAACGAUCCUCGGCGAACGUCGCAUACUCACGAUUAAUCUCGAUCAAAUUCGGAUUAAUGAACGAAAGAAACCGAAGACAGGAAAUGACGGAUAUAUAAAUCCGACAGUUCUUGUCUUGAGUUAGUCGAGUCUUGGGGGACAAGCUUCAAGCAGUCUUUGAAGAGUCUUCGAAACAUCUCAGGAAGUCCGUCAUCUGGGCAUAGCCGUCAGAAAAGUCCGCAGAAAGCAUCCAGGAAAAUCGAGAGUGCGAGUAAGUAAUCUACCAGGCCGCAGCCGUCGGCAUCCGCGAUUACUCCUUGUACUUUGCGAUAUAGAGAUCGGACGGCGAGUUUGCCGUCGCUCCGGUGUGUUCACCACAACGAUCUCAUUUUGUGCCGUCUUUGCGA